UUGACUUUGCAAAAGGUUAUAUUACGAAGAGUUAGUACAAAAAUUAUUUUAUACUAAGCGGUAUAAUGCUAAAGUUCUCUGCAAAUUUAAACUUCCUUUUUACUGAAACUGCAUCAACUAUAGCAGGGAGAAUCAAGUUAGCGGAUCAGCAUGGCUUUCAAGCAGUGGAAAUACCAUAUCCUGUUGGAGAACUUAUUGAUGUUGCACAAGCAAUCAAAGAAAGUGGAAUAUUAAUUAGCUUAAUAAAUAUUUCAAUUGACAACACAAACGAUGAGCUAAAAUAUGGUUCUACAAGCAUCCCUGGAGAAGAAAAAUUGUUUCAGAAACAGCUAAAUGAAACAAUAGAGUUUGCGAAGACGGUAAAUUGCAAGAAAAUUCAUUUGAUGGCAGGAGUGGUGAAUAAAAAAUUGGAAUGCGAACAUUAUGCGACCUAUGUGUCCAAUUUAAAAGAAGCUGCCGAUAUCUUACUGGCCAAUAAUAUGAUUGGCGUUAUUGAACCGAUAAAUAAAUAUGCCAUUCCAUCAUACUAUAUGGACUCUUUCGCCAAAGCUUCAACCAUAUUAAAAGAACUUAAAUCUAAUAACAUAAAACUUAUGGUUGAUCUAUACCAUCUGCAGCAUAUAUGUGGAAACUUUACUAAAACCCUAGAGGAAUAUAGGGAUGUAAUUGCUCAUUUUCAAAUUGCCCAGGUACCCAAUAGAGAUGAACCAGAUUCACCUGGCGAGCUAAAUUAUGAUUAUAUAUUUAAAAAAAUACAACUUUUUGGCUAUGAUGAUUGGAUUGGCUGUGAAUACAAACCUAAAAAAACAACUGUCGCCGGAUUAAAGUGGAUUUCCAAAUAUAUUAAAGAGCAAUAGAUUCAA